UGCUCUUCAGCACUCUAAUAAACAUGCAAUCGAAAAUACUAUUUUUAUGAGUACCUUAUACUAUUCAUGAAAUGAUAUUUGCAUUUCCUUUUUUUAACUAAACCAACACCCAACAGAAUUAAAAACGAUGAUGUAUUACGGUGAAAAAAAAGCGACGAGUUAUUACCGUGUCCGGCCGGUUUAUGUGAACCUACCACUCGAAACGAUGAGAAAAUACGGUUAUGGCGCAAAAACCUAACGAUCUCCUGAAGAUGACACCUUCGCUGCAUCAAGAAAACAGACAAUGUUUCCGCCAUCCUCCGCCGCGUCCACCGCCACCUCCACCACCAUCUUCCACCGCUAGUCCUUCAACGAACCCCAAAAAUUUCGCCCCAAUUCACUCCACAAAUUCGACUUCGUCAUCAUCAUCCGCGUUCGAUCAAUUACCCAAAAGGGUCACAAGGGACCUCCCCAAUUUGUCAGAUUGUCACGGCUGCCGUCUCCGAAUCAACCACACUGAUCCCAGCGACCGCCUUCAAACCCUAGAUAGCGUUUGGCGGAUAGUCCUUCUUUGCAAGAAGUGCAUCAGGAGUGUCAAUUCCGGCCAAACAUGCCCUUACUGUUUCAACAACACGGCUGAUUCUGAUUGUUUCAAAUGCAACAGCUGCAAAAGGCAUGUCCACAAGGACUGUGUUAUCAGGUAUGGGAAUUCUGCACCUUGGUCUUAUUCGUCUAGGGACGAAGAACAAGUAGUAGAAGAAGAAGAAGUAGGGGUAAAGUCGGGAUUUUCGGUUUGUAUAGAUUGUUGGGUUCCAACAUUCUUUAGGAAAUCAAUUGGGGUUUGUAAAAAGCAUGUGUUGAAGACACAAAAUUAUACUAGUAGUUAUGUUAAACCAUUUGAAGAAAUUAGUAACUUUGAAGCCAAAAAGACAGUUGUACUGGCGCUGGAAGCGCAGUAUAAGACUUUGCGGAAGGCUGUCGUGGCAAAAAAUGCCAUGAACAUGGCUAAGAAUGCAUCGGAAUUAGUUGCUUCCAAGAAGGAUAAGGAUAAAGUGUUGCUGAAAAGCAGUAGUAUAAGCAGUGAUGAUACUAAUGAAACUGAGGUUGUAAAUGACGCAGAAUUGGCGUUUCAAUUGCAUCGCGCCAUGAACAGCUCGCCACGAACUUCAAGAACCUUAUGCCCUACGAAUUCCAGCUAUGUGGAUGCUCCAGAAAUGCUGGAAUCAAGUAAUGUGUCCUGUAAUUUGUUAGAGUUGGGCCAGACUCUCUCUAAUGAUUCAGGUGAGAGGCUUAAGGUGUACUCUCGCACUAGGUUAAAGGGAAAAGUUGGCCAGACUAGUUCAGAGACCCAGCCUUGUGUUAUAGUGUACUCUCGCACUAGAUUAAAGGGAAAAGUUGGCCAGACUAGUUCAGAGACCCAGCCUUGUGUUAUAGUGUACUCUCGCACUAGAUUAAAGGGAAAAGUUGGCCGAACUAUUUCAGAGACCCUGCCUUGUGUUACAGUGUACUCUCGGACAAUGUUGAAGGAAAAAGUUGGCAAGACUACUUCAGAUGGCCCUCCUUGUGUUAUGGUGUACUCUCGCACUAGAUUAAAGGGAAAAGUUGGCCGAACUAUUUCAGAGACCCUGCCUUGUGUUACAGUGUACUCUCGGACAAUGUUGAAGGAAAAAGUUGGCAAGACUACUUCAGAUGGCCCUCCUUGUGUUAUGGUGUACUCUCGCACUAGGUUGAAGGAAAAAGUCGGCCAGAUUAGUUCAGAGGCCCCACCUUGUGUUAUAAUGAAGGAGCAUGGUUCUUGUGUUGAUUCUGAUUGUUCAAAAGCUGAGUUACUUACUUACAAGCGGAGCAGACUAAAGAGGAAGAUGUGCGAAGAAAGGGUUGGUUUAUCUGACCUUAUUAAAGCGGAGCAAAAUCUUGGUGAUGACUGUAGAGAUUUUUGUGGUCUUCAAGUUUCUCAACGAGAAGGUUCACAGCAUAACUUGCAUUUGCGGGAUUCUAUCACCUUGUGCCCCUUGAGUUCUGAUGGAGAUAAUACUGUUGGCGAGAUUUGUGCAAAAAAUACAAUGCAGGCCGAAAGCUGCAAUGCGCAGGAGGACCGCUGUUUGUUAAAGUACAGCAAAAGGAAAAAAUGCUCUGAGCCUGUGUCAGAUGUGCAUGAAGAUACGUUUCCUUGUCCAACCCCUGAUCCCGGCAUACCUACAAAUUGGCCCGUGGAAUCCAGGACAUCAUCAAAUGUCUGACAUUUGAGCUAGUACUUGCGUUAGUGGUUCUUCGCCAGAAGUCUGAAUUAUACAGGAAACUACACCUGUGAAUAACUACCCGAUAUCAGAUACUGUAGUGUAAUGUAGAUGAAUUUUUUUUCUUCAUAAAGAGUACAUUGCCUGGAAAGUUGCAAUCUGUGUUGUUUAAGUUACAGACGGUCAUGAAGUGAAUUUUGUAUGUGCUUGUGCU